AUGAGCGCUGGCUCUCUGAACACGGUCCUUGACACGUUCGAGACAUAUGGUUCUGGCUGGUACCUAUAUGGCGACUCGUCCAUACUCUCUGCACCAUUUCGGAAAGAGACAAAUACAUCCUGGAUCUCACGUGUGUUCGGUUAUCGAUACACACUAGAGCUAGGUUCUUUGGCAACGUCUUUCACAGGUCCAGGAAAUCAGGCGGUUGUUUACCGCAGUGCCUCCCAGAAUCCAGAUCUCUACGGACCUGACUUUCACUUUGAAGAGUAUCUCCCAGCAAAUGGUGCAAUGGCGGCUGUUUUCGUGCAUCUCCUCACAAAAGCUCUUCUUGUCCUCUUGUCCAUUCCAUUUGUCCGUUCGCUCAUGCGAAUGCUCGCAACGCGCAUGGAUUCGGCUCCCGAUAUAAACCAGCUGCGAAAUGUGGAGCGGGCGGAGUUUCGUGCUGUUGGAAGCGGGAUUGGAAAGGUUGCGCCUCGAAUUUUGGCAUCUUUUUCGCGAGAAGGGUCGUUGUAUGAGCUCACUGCACUUGUCACCUGUGUUGGAGCAAUGGUGCUGCUUGACCGAGCGACUAGGGCCGAUGGGACGGGAAAGGAAUCCCGUAGAUGUGGUGGAGUGGUGACACCAUCAUUUUUGGGGAUGGAAUAUGUCGAUCGGUUGAAAGAUGCUGGUAUCAAGAUUGACGUUGGAUUGUUGUAA